CAAGUGCAACUCCCCGGUGGCGCGUCUCGUGAGCAGUGGGGCGCUUGACGCGUUCACGCGUUCCCUUAUAUUGGAACGCGUGGCGCCGCCUCCUUUCUCAUCCACGGAGAGCAGUCGGUGUGUGCAGUUGUAAUCCAUCCAGAGUAAUUCACUUGCGUGGGGAAGGCGGACCAAUAAGGGCGUGAACGCACACAAAAAAGGCACGGAUAACGGAAAAGACACCAGAAGGGAGCAGCGCGCGGAGACGAGGAUCACAACCGCUCAGUUUUGAUCACUUUAACAACACCGGACUCCAUUCAAUCACUGGCAAUCAAGAUGAGCACCGUGAGACUGUCCGAACCGGGACCGUCAGAGGAGAUGAUGCGGAUGAUGGUGAUGCACGAGGCGCUCACGGGCAGCGAUGCUCGCCGUUACGGUUCCCCGGUGGCUUGUGUAGAAUGAGAGUUUGGGUCAGUGCGCAGAGAUGUCGGUGCCUUUGCUGAAGAUCGGAGUGGUGCUCAGCACCAUGGCAAUGAUCACCAACUGGAUGUCCCAGACACUGCCAUCACUAGUGGGGCUCAACACCACCAAACUGACCGCGGCGCAGGGCGGCUAUCCCGACCGGAGUAUAGGAGUUUUACCUGCUAACCCAGAGGAGUCCUGGCAGGUGUACAGCUCGGCUCAGGACAGCGAGGGCAGGUGUGUGUGUACGGUCGUCGCACCUCAGCAGACCAUGUGCUCAAGAGACGCCCGCACCAAACAACUCCGCCAGCUACUGGAGAAGGUGCAAAACAUGACGCAAUCAAUCCAAGUAUUGGACCAGCGGACCCAGAGGGACCUGCAGUACGUUGUGAAGAUGGAAGAUCAGCUCCGUGGCCUGGAGACCAAAUUCAGACAGGUGGAGGAGAACCACAAACAAAACAUCGCCAAGCAAUACAAGGCCAUAAAGGCAAAAAUGGCGGAGCUGCGUCCGCUGAUUCCCGUACUGGAGGAGUACAAAGCGGACGCGCGGCUGGUUCAGCAGUUUAAGGAGGAAGUGCAGAACUUGACGUCCAGUCUUAGCCUCCUCCAGCAGGAGAUGGGAGCCUACGACUAUGAUGACCUGCACUCUCGCGUGGUUAGUCUCGAGGAGCGGCUACGGGCAUGCAUGCAGAAGCUCGGACAUUGCGGAGAGAAGACAACGACUUUGUCUGAUUUAGCUGCUCACAGACUAAACGUGCGUCACAAAUAUACCGACCCAAGUAUGCGAGUAGAUGCUGGACUUUCUAACAUAACAGCCAAAAAAGUCAUGGCGUGUGGUAAGCUGACCGGCAUUAGUGAUGCAAUCACUAUUAAAACAUCCGGGUCUCGAUUCGGAUCCUGGAUGACGGACCCUCUUGCUCCUGAAGGAGACACUAGGGUGUGGUACAUGGACGGCUAUCAUAACAACCGUUUUGUGCGGGAAUAUAAGUCUAUGGCGGACUUCAUGACGUCCGAUAACUUCACGUCUCACCGCCUGCCGCACCCUUGGUCCGGGACGGGUCAGGUGGUCUACAACGGCUCCAUCUAUUUCAACAAGUUCCAGAGCAACAUGAUCAUCAAGUUUGACUUCAAGACGUCCACCAUAAGUAAAUCUCAGCGUCUGGACAACUCGGGCUACAGUAACACCUACCACUACGCCUGGGGCGGACACUCCGAUAUCGACCUCAUGGUGGAUGAGGGCGGGCUCUGGGCCAUCUACGCCACCAAUCAGAAUGCGGGGAACAUAGUCAUCAGCAAACUCCACCCCCUGACCCUGCAUAUAAUCCAGAGCUGGACGACCAAUCACCCGAGACGCAGCGCCGGGGAGUCGUUUAUGAUUUGCGGGACGCUGUACGUGACCAACGGCUACUCGGGAGGGACGAAAGUCUACUACGCCUACCAGACCAACUCCUCAACGUACGAGUACAUCGAUAUCGUUCUGCAGAACAAGUACUCGCACAUCUCCAUGCUGGACUACAACCCACGAGAUCGAGCGCUGUACGCCUGGAAUAACGGACAUCAAGUCCUGUACAACGUUACGCUUUUCCACGUCAUCCGCUCGGAGCAACUGUAACCUUGGAGGAUUUGGUUGGGAGUAUCUGAAGACAAUCUUUAGGAAUGUUCUUCGACAGAUCGUUACAAAAAAUGCUAUGCUGAAUGAAAACUAAACCUGAACAAUAGACAUGUGAAUGGAAAAUAGAACACAAAAACAUGAACAGACCAAUCAUUUUGAGCCAAAAAAAAUGAAAUUAACAAAGCCACGCCUUUCUUUUUUUACAAAAUGACUUUACUGUCUGAUCAGAUGUUUUCCAGUAGCACUAAAAAUAAAUUUCUCCAUGCUUUUCUGCGCACUGAAAUGUAGGGAACGUUGGGAUUAGUUACGGACUAGUAGCCCACACUCAACCUAAUAAACUGAGCGUGUGCAGGAAAACCGAUGGUGCUUCACUUGGCAAACUAAC